GUUGACGAUGACAGUGUGUGCACGCGUGUGUGAGUGUGGAAAUGAGCGAAAGGGAGAAAUGUAUUGUUGGCCGUCGCGUUGUUUGACAUAUUGAACAAAACUGUCAGUUCAAUCAGAACACACAAAAACUACAGCAUAAAACAUGGGAAUGAUAGACAUUAGGAUCGCACGACACUGAUUCCAAACGGAGUGCAAUCAGUUCUCAUUUUUUCAUCUGUUCAGUGUGUAGUUGAUGAUGAAUUGGUGUUGAAAUGUGUGUGUCUGGUUGUCUUGGUUGCUUUUGUUAUUUAAUUCGACGUCAAUUUUUCAAUUCAACGCCAUCAACCGAAUCAGUUCGUGUUUAAGUGUUGGCGGCGGUGUGGAAAGGUUGAAUAUAUAUAAAAUCCAGAGUGAAGAAGUAACCUUGCAGACUCAGGAUUCAACAAAAAGAUCUGUUUUAUUAUUUAUUCUGUCUAAAAAAUGCUCAUCCACGCAAACAAAGUGGGAGUAGUUUGUGUAUAAUUGCCAAAAAAAAAAAAAUUGUGUCGCACAUUCAUUCGUCCAGAUCACACCACCACCGAUCUCGUUCACAUGCAAUGCAUUGCAAAUCAAUUCACAUCAAUCAACAAAGCCAAUACGACGAACAAAAAAAAAUUCCAUUGGAGAUAAAUGGUGUCUAAGGUGGCUUGCAUUUAUUUAAACAAAUGUGUUUCGACAGCGAAGCAAUCGAAACAAAUGAAUUACGGAUACACGAUUCCAUUAUAUCAGCAGAAAUAGAAUUGCAUACCACUCUUAUCUGAAAGUUUUGAAUGAAAAAAAAAAUAGUUCGAACUAAGCAACCGAAAUAAAUAUGUGAAUAAAAUAACGGCGGCAGUUUUGUGGCAGCUAACAACUAGUGUAGAAUUAUAAUUAGAGCUCUCUGUUGAUUAAAUUUCUUUUUUUUUAUACACAAUUUACUUCAUUCGUGUAACGUUCUUCCGAUAGAAUACACGUAUAUUUUUUUCUCUGUUUCGUUCGGUUCACACAUUUUAGUUCGGAUUUUAUUUUAUUCUAAAGCAGAAAAAUUUCAUUUUUUUUUCGCUCAUUGAAUCGAAAUCGUGCUCAACAUUGAAUUGAAUAUAAUAAAAUUACUACAAUUACAUGACAACAAACAAAAAGAGCAGUUACGACAUCAUCACCACCAUCAUCACCACAGCAAGCAUUCGAAGCAGCGUCCCAGCCUAUUAUUUGUAUUUGAGAUAUUGUAGCUAAUGUUAAAUUAGCCGUAAAUAUGUCGGUGCUGCGUCAAGUGUUAGGUUUAAGCGCCUGGAUUCGCGCUCUAGUGAUUUUCGUUCUGUUAUGGGGCCUGUUGGUGUUGAUAUUUGCAUCGAAAUUGAGCGGACCAAAUAGUUCAGCGCUUUCUAAUGAGGAUUACACGAAUUAUCGACUAAAUCAAGCAAUAGAAUUCUUAGAGGAGUCUAAGCGACGAAACGCUGACCUCAAGCAACUCAUCGACGAAUAUUUGAGCGAUAAAUCAUUGCCUGAAGAUCAACGAGAACGGAUUAUAGCUGAAAUUGAAACGAAAUUAAAUCAAAGGCCAUCCAAACCGCUGGGCAGCGCUCAGCGACGGUUCAAUGGCAUGGUUAAUGAAAUCAUUAUAUCAAAUGGCAUGACACCAACGGCUGAGUACGAGCAGCUUCGUCGCAGAGUGCGCUCAAAUUUACUGGAGAUGUACAAUUACGUUGGAAGUGAGCUAAAAAAAAUAUGGAAAAAUAACCCGAUAGUACCUGAACUUGGCGAUUAUGUGAAUAAAGUAAUGCAAAUGACAACGGAGCAUAAGCGCUCACUCGUCAACGAUAUGGAUCAUCUACAGAAAAUUGACGGCUACGAACAAUGGCGGCGAACGGAAGCCGAAAGUCUUAGUGAUUUAGUGCAGCGCCGUCUCAAAUAUCUUCAAAAUCCAAAAGAUUGCAGUACGGCAAGAAAACUCAUUUGCCGAUUGAAUAAGGGCUGCGGUUAUGGAUGUCAAUUACAUCAUGUCGUCUACUGUUUUAUUAUGGCUUACGCUACGGAGCGUACAUUGAUUUUAAAAUCGAAGGGCUGGCGCUAUCACAAAAAUGGUUGGGAAGAAGUGUUUCAACCUUUGUCGGACACCUGUACCACAUCUGAAGGAACAUCACAUGCCAAUUGGGGCAAUGGACACUAUAACACACAAGUUGUAGACUUACCUAUAAUUGAUUCGUUAAAUCCACGACCGCCUCAACUUCCGUUGGCCAUCCCGGAAGAUUUGGCUCCAAGACUGAAGCGGUUACACGGUGAUCCUAUCACCUGGUGGGUUGGACAAUUCCUGAAAUAUUUGCUACGCUUUCAACCUGAAACGCAGGAAAUCAUCGAGGCUGGCAUUCAAAAGCUUGGUUUCCAGAACCCUAUCGUUGGUGUGCAUAUUCGUCGAACCGAUAAAGUUGGCACCGAAGCAGCGUUGCACAAAGUUGAAGAGUACAUGCGACACGUUGACGAAUACUACGACCAAUUGGAAAUGAUUGAAUCAGUUGAAAAACGAAGAGUGUUCCUCGCUUCUGAUGAUCCAAAGGUGAUUGACGAGACGCGCACAAAAUAUCCUCAUUACGAAAUCAUUGGUGACCCAAAUGCGGCUCGCAUGGCAGCGCUAUCGACGCGUUACACUGACUCGUCAUUAUAUGGAAUCAUACUCGAUAUUCAUUUGCUAUCCAUGUCCGAUUAUCUAGUGUGCACGUUUAGCUCUCAAGUGUGUCGCGUUGCAUAUGAAAUAAUGCAAACCAUGUAUCCGGAUGCUUCGAAUCGAUUCAAAUCGCUCGACGAUAUUUAUUACUAUGGUGGUCAAAAUGCGCACAAUCGCGAAGCGGUGCUGCCACACCAUCCAAAGAAUCAUGACGAAAUCUAUGUAAAUGUUGGCGAUUUGAUUGGCGUGGCGGGCAAUCAUUGGGACGGUUAUUCAAAAGGUCGAAAUACACGAACAAAUCAAAUCGGUCUGUUUCCUUCAUUCAAAGUUGUAGACAAGGUCGAGACAGCCGAAUUUCCUAAAUACUCAAAUGUUAAGUAAUGAACAAAACAAACAAAACGAACAAAACGAACAAAACGAACAAAACGAACAAAAACAAAAAAAGAAACGAAAUUUCCUCCGAUAUUACACCAGCUUUGAUGGAAAAAAAGAAAGAAAAAAAAACAAAGUCGCUCCAAAAGAUAUGAAAUCAAGUAGUUACAUACAUAUAAAGUAAGAUGACAGGCAAAAGUCUUAUGAUCAAAUGCGCGUGUGCACCACACUGAUAUACAGAGAAGGAAAAAAAUUCUCGUGUGAUCAAAAUCAGUGUAAUAAAUCGAAAUUUGAUGAAUUUAUGGUCUCGUUCUGAAGACAGCUAAAAAUAUUUUUUUUCUUUUUUUUUCAUUCGAUUUGUGUUGAUCACAUGAGCAUAUUUUUCGUUUUGCUGGAAGCAUUUUCGCCGAUUCUGUUGUUUCAUUCAUUUUUCAUUGGAAAAUUGAAUAAUUGAUUUGAUUUCAUUCAAUGUUGGCUUCUGUAAGUUGGCUACACACGGAGAACAAAUGGUAUUUUAGAUCUUGAGCAAUUUUAUUAAAUACCUUUACUAUUUCGUAGCUAUUUCAUUUAAUACGGAAUUUUUAUUUUUAGUUUUCGCGCAUGAAUUGUGAUAAUCUUUAGAUUUUUGUUUUUUUUAUUGUACACAUGAGCAGAACAAAGUUGUUGUUUGUAAAUUUUGAAGAAUCUCACUUGAAAUGAACAAAAAAAAUGGAAGAAAGAAAAACAGACAUCUAUUAUUAUAUUGCACUUGAACACAACAGCACACAGAGGAGAAACCUUUUUUUCUAGCGAAAACGAUCGAAAUAGAUUAUUAUUUUUAAUGAAAUAAAAUCUAAAAUGGAAAUGAUUGAAAAA